AACCCAGAAACUACUUAUUAUUUGUCACCUUAAAUUUGUAGUUAAAAAAGGUUACAAACGACAAAAAUGUUGAAAUACUAAAACAAAUAUAAUGCAAUAAGCAUUCAAAAGAAUUUUAUAAAAAUUUCAAAUUUAUAUUCUUAAUAAGAAAAAAAUAUGAAAAAUAUUUGUGAUUAUUUUUAAAUUCUUUCUAAAUUGAGUGAAAUUCAAAAGUGAUUUUAUAUUAGUCAGAAGAUAAUUGUUGGUAAGAAAAUGCCUUGUGAAAACAUGAAAUAGUUCUUAGAAACACAAAGGGAAACUAUUUAAUGAUUUUGGAUAAUAAAAGAAGAUAUAAAACAAAAUGAAAAGGCAAAAUGUUAGAACACUGUCCUUGGUUGUAUGUACUUUUACGUAUUUACUCAUUGGUGCUGCUGUUUUUGAUGCAUUGGAAUCCGAUACAGAACGCCGGCGUGGAGAAUUUCUUACUGAAGUAAAAAACAACAUGAUUAAGAAGUAUAAUAUUACUGCAGAAGAUUAUCUGAUGGUUGAAAUUGUUAUGAUUGAAAAUAAACCACACAAAGCUGGCCCGCAAUGGAAAUUCGCCGGUGCUUUCUAUUUUGCUACUGUCGUUUUAGCAAUGAUUGGAUAUGGACACUCAACGCCAGUUACGAUAGGAGGAAAAGCAUUCUGCAUGGCCUAUGCAAUGGUGGGAAUUCCUCUGGGUUUGGUUAUGUUUCAAAGCAUAGGUGAACGUUUAAAUAAAUUUGCCUCAGUAGUUAUUCGGAAAGCAAAAACUUAUUUAAAGUGUCAGCGAACUGAAGCGACGGAAAUGAAUCUUAUGUUGGCAACAGGAAUGUUGUCAAGCAUUAUCAUCACUACUGGUGCUGCUGUAUUUUCUCGAUACGAGGGCUGGAGUUACUUUGACAGCUUCUACUAUUGCUUUGUGACGCUUACUACUAUAGGCUUUGGAGACUAUGUUGCUCUGCAGAAUGACCAUGCCCUUUCGAAUAAGCCGGGUUAUGUGGCUCUAAGUUUGGUAUUUAUUCUAUUUGGUCUCGCUGUUGUUGCUGCUAGUAUCAAUUUAUUGGUCCUGCGGUUCAUGACAAUGAAUGCAGAAGAAGUACGUCGAGAGGAUAAUGAAUUGCAAUCAGCUUCUCAUCACGUAUUAACUUUAGACGGGGAAGUUGUUGCUGUAAAUGGAAAAAUUUUGGCCGGUCACGUACCGAUGAUUCAUGAUACAGAUGAUUGCGUGAGUGUUUGCUCUUGUACAUGUUUGGGUGGAACUAAUUCCGAAUUUUUUGAUUCCUCUGGAUAUCAGGGUUAUAGACCCCCUUCAAUUCCUGCCAGUCUUCGAGUAAAACGAGCAUCCGUCUGAUGGAAGGAGUUUCGAAGGCGCAGUUUGCGUCACCGACUUUCCAGAGUUGAUAGUCGUGAACUUCUUGGGAUUGAUGUUUAAUUACUUUUUUCGAGUAUGUGUAUCAAUCAUUUUUUUUAUUUCAUCAUAUCAGUUAUUUUGAACAGAGACACACAGAGAAAAAUCUGACAAUAUAAGUCUGCUCUCAUGCAUUUAUUGCUUGAAUUUGUGCUUUGAACGUUAUGAAAACUACACAUGAUUAAAAGAAGUUAUAUUUCAUAUAAUAUAAAUAAUAAUCACUGCAAUGAAGAUCAUCAGAAUCUCUUAAACUAAUGCUUUAUUAGAGACAGGAACUUAUGCUCAAGUAUUUUUAUAAUUGUUUUCUUAUUUUAAAUAAAAAAAGUAUCUGCCAUUCUAGAGAAGCAAAACGAACGUUUUCAAAGUUAGUGACAUUACAUAUAUGAUGCAUAACUUGAAAUUUCGAGUCAUAAUUUUGUAACUAUUAACUAAAUAUUCAAAUAUUUUUAUAAUUUUGUAUUUUUUUACUAUUUAAUUUAUGUGAUAAUUGAUUAUUGCUUUAGUAGAGGACAAUAAACUUGUGUUCGGUAACUAAAAAAAGCGUAGAUUGCUGAGAAAUUAUUUGUAACAUAAUUUCUAGAAAGAUAAUCCUAAUUUUUUAGCAUAAAUCUCUAUAACGUAUGGCAAAAUGUUCCUGACUCUACUUCAUUAUAUUAAUUUCUUAUAGUAAAAUUAAAUCGACGAGAUGUGUUCACGUCGUUAAUUAUAUUUGAAAUAUACCUACAUAUGAAAUAAACAGAACUUGAAAGUGAUUGUCUGUAAAAAAAAAUUUGGAACUUCUCUUAGACUAUGGAACAGAACUAAAUUGUUCAAAGCAAGUUUUCCAAAACAAAAUCUAAACUGAAAAUGGUUGAAAGGUGUUAUAAAUUAUGUACAGAUAUCGAAAAUAAUUGAUGAAAAAGAAAAUAAUAAUGUAUAGUCGAUAAGAUUCCAAAUAUGUAACUGUGUAUAAACUGCAAAGUGUUCUUUAUUUUGCAAAAGGUGACAUUUCUUAAGCCGCUAGUUGAAAUUUUCUUUAGAAUAUAACAAAACUUAUUGUUACCUACAAAUAAGAAUUUCUAAUCCAUUAAUG